CGCGCGAGCACAUCAAUCUCUCCCUCUCAUCCUCACUGUAAUGUCACACGAGGAUAGUAAGAAUGCGCUGAUUUUUACAACAACGACAUACAGAGACUUGGACAUGUAUUAGCGUUUCCAGAAUGAGUCAAACCGAGAUGGAGAUGUCAGGGGCAAGUGUGAGUCGACACAGCCGUGCAAUGAAGAGGAGACGGUGGGGAGGGCUGAGGCAACAGUGGAAAAUGCUGGGUCUGUUUGAGAUUGACCAACAGCAUGAGUUCUACAGCCUCACCUGUAUGAUGAAAGAAGGACUGUGUGCCACCAUGCAGAACACCAUUGACAACCCUUUACCUGAUGAACUUUCUGAGAAGGACUACAGUCUUGAUGUAACACAAAUCCAUAAGGACUUCAGGAUGGAGACAUAUGCGGGGCCGGUGUUUGCCACUCUGCGACGCUCCCUUGGGAUGACAGAGAAGGAAUAUCAGCAAUCCCUCUCCUCAGAAGGCAACUAUCUGCAAUUCAUCAGCAAUUCCAAGAGCAAGGCGGACUUCUUCCUAACUAAUGACAAGAGGUUCUUCAUAAAGACACAGAGUAGGAGAGAAGUGCGAUUUCUCUUGUCUAACUUGAGAAUCUACAUGGAACAUCUGGAGAAGUAUCCACACACUCUGCUUGUCAAAUUUUUAGGUGUUCACAGGAUAAAAAUUCCACAUCAGAAGAUGAAGUACUUCAUUGUGAUGCAUAGUGUCUUCUACCCAGAAGACAGAAUCACUGCUAGGUAUGAUAUUAAGGGCUGUGAGGUGAGCCGGUGGACGGACCCAGCCCCUGAAGGCAGCCAAAUCAUUGUUGUUUUGAAGGAUCUCAAUUUUGAGGGGCAAUUCAUUAAGCUUGAUCAGCAGCGUCCAUGGCUCAUUCGUCAGGUGGAGAUUGACACAGCCUUUCUUCAGGCGCUCAAUGUGUUGGACUACAGUUUUCUGCUGGCCCAUCAGCCGCUCCAUCAGGAUGAACUCAGCCAGAGUCUCUCUUUCGCAGCGCUCAUCAUGCGCACCAAAAAGUCAGUAAAUGCAUCUUCAAGUCCAACACAUGUCAAUACACCCACUGUUCCAGGGGUGAUGUCAGAGGACGACUCCACCCUUCUCUACUCAGAAUUAAACUGUGCAACAACAAAGUGUCACAUAACAGAAACACACAAUGGCAGUGGUGGAACAGACAAUGGAAGUCUUGAGGAAGAAAAAAUUGAGCAAACUAGCAGGGUGGGAGCAGAUUCAGCCGAUCUGCAACUGUUCCAGACCCAGAACCGGAGACUGCUUCCUAACUUGAAGAACCCGCUUCAUGUCAUUGAUGGACCAGAGCAGCGUUACUUCAUAGGGAUAAUUGACAUAUUCACUGUUUAUGGUUUCAAAAAGAGGCUUGAACAUAUGUGGAAGAGACUUAGACACCCACGGCAAACAUUCUCCACGGUUAGCCCUCCAGCAUACUGUCACAGGCUAUGUCAGUGGGUUCAAAACCAUACCAAAUAA